AUGGCUGCCUCGCCGAUCAGCCUCGACCGGAGGAAAGGCGGCUGGUUGACGAGAUGGACAAGAUGGGCCAUGGCUGCGGCGAUAAUGAUGACCACCUUCAGUAGCGCAGCGGAAUCGAAAACACAGGCGGAUUACUUUGUAAAAUCAUUGCCAGGACAGCCCGAUGGGCCAUUACUGAAGAUGCACGCGGGGCACAUCGAAGUCAGCCCCGAGCACAACGGCCAUCUCUUCUUCUGGCUGUUUCACAACCGACAUAUCGGCGACCGACAACGAACAGUGAUAUGGCUCAAUGGCGGCCCCGGCUGCAGUUCGAUGGACGGCGCCCUCAUGGAGGUCGGGCCAUACCGAGUCAAGGGCGACAAGUUAGAACAUAACGAAGGCUCGUGGGACGAGUUCACAAAUCUCCUCUUCGUCGACAAUCCCGUCGGUACCGGCUUCAGCUACGUCAACACCGACAGCUACCUCCACGAACUCUCCGAAAUGUCCGCCCAAUUCAUGAUCUUCCUUGAGAAAUUCUUCGCCCUCUUCCCCGAAUACGCAGACGACGAUCUCUACUUCGCCGGCGAAUCCUACGCAGGCCAACACAUCCCCUACAUCUCUCAAGCAAUCCUCGACCACAACAAAGCCGCCGUCGGCAACUCUCAAAAGCCUUGGAAUCUCAAAGGCAUGCUCAUCGGCAACGGCUGGAUCGCCCCUAACGAGCAAUACCAAUCCUACCUGCCCUUCGCCUACAACAAAACCAUCAUCACCCCCGAUUCUGAAGCCGCCAAACGCAUCGAGCACCAACAUAACAAAUGUCUUGCCGAACUGAGCAAGCCCGCAGGCAAGGAAAAAGUCGACAUCUUCACCUGCGAGCAAGUCCUGCAGGACAUCCUGAAAGAGUCAGUCAAAGACAACAAAUGCGUCAACAUGUACGACGUCCGCCUCACGGACAGCUACCCCUCCUGCGGCAUGAACUGGCCCCCCGACCUGACCGACGUCACCCCCUACCUACGCCGCCAGGACGUUGUCACCGCCCUGCACGUCAACCCAGACAAGCGUACGGGAUGGACAGAGUGUACAGGCGCGGUCUCUUCUGCAUUCCGCGCCAGCCACAGCACGCCCAGUAUCGACCUCCUGCCCGGCCUUCUCGAAGCCGGCAUCCCCACACUGCUCUUUUCCGGCGCAGAAGACCUCAUCUGCAAUCACCUCGGUACGGAAGCAUUCCUCGCCAACAUGGCCUGGUCCGGCGGCACCGGCAUGGAGUUGAGCCCUGGCGUUCUCGCACCGAAACGGAAAUGGGACUUUGAGGGUAAAGCCGCGGGGAUCUACCAAGAAGCCCGCAACCUCACCUACGUGUUGUUUUACGACUCGAGCCACAUGGUCCCUUUCGAUCUCCCACGGCGCAGUCGCGACAUGCUCGACCGGUUCGUGGGUGUGGAUAUCGCGAGCAUAGGCGGGACGCCCGUCGACAGCAAGAUCGACGGGGAGAAGGCCGGCAGCGAGACGAGUGUGGGCGGGCACACGAAUAGCACGGCGGCGUUGGAGGAGCAGGAGGCGAAGCUGGAGGAGGAGAGGUAUAAGGCUUACUAUCGAAGCGGCGAAGCCGCUCUGGUCGUGGUGCUCAUUGCGGCUGCAGUAUUUGGAUGGUGGGUGUGGCGCGGUCGCAGGAGAGCAGCGAACAAAGGCUACGCUGCCGUACCACUUGUCGGUGGGUAUCGAGACGCAAAUGGCUCAACGCACGCAAACGGGAAAAGUCACGGGACUAGAGAUUUGGAGGCGGGCGAUUUUGAUGAGAACGAGCUGGAUGAUCUCACUAGCAGUCGAGACGGUGUGAGCAGGAGAGACAUGGCUGAUCAGGGCGACCUGGGCAGGGAUCGCUAUGACAUUGGCAGUGAUUCUGACGAUGAAGAGGAGGAGGCCGAUGUUGGAAACAAGGGCAGAGCAAGCAGGAAGCAGGGAUCGUGA